AUGUACGUCUCAAAAACCAUUUCGGCUACGUCUUCGAUGCUUGCUCUCGUGGCAGGCCAGGCAACACCAAUAUGGGAGACACUACCUCCAACACCAUCACUUCCAGGAAAUGCUGCUGGCUCGCACACGCAAAUAAAUGGUGUUGAGAUAUGGCAUGCGGAGUUUGGCACACCGUCUGCUGAGAAAUUGCCAGUCUUGAUGCUUCAUGGUGGUUUUGGCAACUCGGACUACUUUGGAGACGUGAUCGAGAUCUUGAUGAAAAAUCAUUACGUUAUUGCCAUGGAUACUAGAGGACACGGCCGCAGCACCAUGGACAGCGUGCCUUCCACCUACGAACUCUACGCGAGUGACGCCUCUGGUCUGCUGGAGUCACUAGGAAUUUCCAAGGCCGCCUGGGUUGGCUGGAGCGACAUGGCAAUGGGGACCUACGCUGCUCUCAUGGACGCCCAAAACAGCACCUUGAUCGACCGAGCUUUUGCGUUUGGCGGGGGGCAUGAAGUUGCCUCGACCAACGCCAGUUUCACGUCGACGGCCAUCUACACUGAAUUCGUCACCCGUGCGCAGGAAGAGUACCAGACUCUGCAGCCAAACGGCAAUCUGACCGCGUUUGCGAACGCAGUUUCAACGCUAGAGGGCACACAGCCCAACUGGACCGAGUCUGACUUUGCCAAGAUCCGAUUGGGUUCUAAGGUGACGGUCUCGGAUGCUCAGUACGAAGAGGCCAUUGUUCUGAGCGAACCUGCACUGCUGAACAGUUGGAUUGAGGGGAGCGUGCUGGUAACAAUGACCAAUGUGAGCCACUUUGCUCCAGUACAAGACCCCGUCCAGUUUGCGGCAAAAGUCGAAGCAUUCUUGACAGAGUAG